AUGAUGAGGGGGAUCGGAGGGAUUCUGUUGAGCGUGCUGCUCGUCGCGCUGGCGGGCAGAGCUCUCGCGGACGAUGGCGCGUUCCUCAUCAUCGACCGGGCCGCGGGGGACCGCUUCGCCGUCGAGGGCAGGAACCUGACGGUCGAGAUCAACGUCUGGAACGCCGGUGACGGCCCCGCGCUGAACGUGGUGGUCGAGGACGCCUCGUUCACGCAGCCCCUCUUCCAGAUCGUUGGCGGCGAGUUUACGGGCAACUUCGAGACCAUCGGCGCGGGAGAGAAGGUCACGCACUCGUUCACCGUGGUCCCCCAGCGCACCGGUCAGAUGAAAAUGGCGCCCGCCGUGGCGCGCUACCAGCUCGAGGGCGCCUCCAAGGACUUCGUGCAGGAGGUCAAGUCGCCGUUCAAGGUCAUCAACGUCAUUGCGCCCUCCACCGCCCGCAUGGUCAAGGCCCUCACCAUUGGCGCCUACAUCUCCCUCGGCUCGAUGCGCAGCACCACCGACUGGCGCAACUUCGCCAUCGCCGUCGCCGUGAUCUCCGGUUCCGUCGGGGCCUACGUGGUGUACAACGCGGUGAGCAAGGCGUCGAAGGCGGCGAAGCGGAGGUCCGCGCAGAAGGCGCUCGAGGACGAGUGA